GUUUGUCCACCUCCUCCUCCUCCUCCUCUAUUCUAAACGUUGAACUUAAAAAUCCCUCUCUCCCCACUGUCUCCCAUCAUCACCAAAUCCAGCUAGUGAUCCUCUUCCUUCACUGCCCUCUUCUCUAAGUAAGAAGGUUGGCUGGAGAAUGGCAUAUAUGUGUGCGGAUAGUGGAAAUCUAAUGGCAAUAGCCCAACAAGUUAUUAAGCAAAAACAACAACAAGAACAACAGCAGCAACAAAGCCACCACCACCAUCAUAACCAACAACAACAAUUUCUUGGCCUAAACCCAUUUUCUUUAAAUCCUUGGCCGACUAAUAUAAUGUCUGCUAACCCAAACUUGGGUUAUGGGCUCUCGGGUCAGGCUGCUUUCUCUGACCCUUUUCAGAGUGGACAAGAAACAGGCGACCCACCUGUGUUUAGUUUCUCGAACAUUGAGCAGCACCACUCAAGCGGGUUUCGGCUUCCUUAUUUUACUGGAGCUGGUGGUGAGUUCGACUCGGAUGAGUGGAUGGACAGUUUAAUGAACGGUGGAGACUCAACGGAUAGUUCUAAUCUUCCUUCUGGUUGUGACGCGUGGCAAAACAGUACUGAUUUCGGGAUGUACACUUCUGAUCCGUUUCAUACUUGCCCCAGUCGACUUACUGUUGGCUGCUCUCCACCGUCUGAUCUUAAUGGGGUUAUCUCUAAUUCGCUCUGGGUCGCCGCAUCUCCUCCUCAAGAAAUCAAGCCCACAACGUCACCCCCGCCACUGCCUCCGCCAACAGUGAAAAAUGAAAAAAAAUGAAACCGGUCAGAGGAAAUUGUACUGUUAUCUUCCUCGCCGGUUUUGAAAGCGCUUGUUGAGUGCGCUCAGCUUGUCGAGUCCAAAGCUGAUCAAGCCGUGAAAUCGUUGGUUAAGUUCAAGGACUUGGUGAGUGAAAACGGUAAUCCAGUUGAGCGAGCUGGUUUCUACUUCGCGGAAGGAUUACGCAGAAGAGUUGCUGUAGGAGAGCUUGAUGUCUUUAAAAAUUUUGAUCAGACAACUGAAGAGUUCACUCUGUCCUAUAAAGCUUUGAAUGAUGCCUGUCCAUAUUCAAAGUUUGCUCAUUUAACAGCAAACCAAGCAAUUCUUGAGGCAACUGAGAAAGCAAGCAAGAUUCACAUAGUUGAUUUUGGUAUUGUUCAUGGAGUUCAAUGGGCUGCUCUUUUACAAGCUUUAGCUACACGUUCAGCUGGAAAACCUGUUAGAAUCCGAAUCUCAGGUAUACCUGCUCCAGUUCUUGGUAAGAACCCAGCUGCUUCUCUCUUAGCUACUGGUAAUAGGCUACUUGAUUUUGCAAAGCUUCUUGAUUUGAAUUUUGAGUUUGAGCCUAUUCUGACUCCAAUUCAGGAGUUAAAUGAAUCCUGUUUUCGGGUCGAGCCGGAUGAGGUUUUGGCUGUUAAUUUCAUGCUUCAAUUGUAUAAUUUAUUGGAUGAGUCUCCAGUUGCUGUAGAAACUGCUUUAAAGAUGGCUAAAUCGUUGAACCCGAAAAUUGUCACUCUUGGUGAAUAUGAAGUUAGUUUGAACCGGGUUGGGUACUUGACUCGGUUUAAGAAUGCUUUGAGAUACUACACUGCUGUUUUUGAGUCUCUUGAGCCUAACUUGAGUAGAGACUCACCAGAGAGGCUUCAAGUGGAGAGGUUGUUAUUGGGUCAGAGAAUUUCUAGUGUUGUGGGGCCAGAGGAGCCUGGAAUGAGAAGGGAAAGGAUGGAGGAUAAAGUUCAAUGGGGAGUUUUAAUGGAAAGUUCAGGUUUUGAAUCGGUUUCGCUUAGCCAUUAUGCAAUGAGUCAGGCUAAAAUACUUUUAUGGAAUUACAAUUACAGUACUUUGUAUUCUCUUGAUGAUUCUCAACCUGGGUUCUUAACUUUAGCCUGGAAUGAGGUGCCACUACUCACAGUUUCGUCAUGGCGAUAAUCGAUGGGGCUGGACUUGAAUUUGGUACAAGUUUCCACCUGGUAAUUUUUCUCUGGUGUGGAAUAGUGUUCUAGUUUGUAAUAUACGCCAUCGAAUGGGAUUGUUGGGGGGUGCUUCUUGAUCAGAUCACGAACUGGAAGGGUAAUCAGUUUUUUUUUUAAUUGCAAUUGUGCAUUGACAGGUCCAUUGAAGCCUGUAACUAGUUGUAGUCUUUCAGUUUGGUCAUUUAGAUAUAUGGUUUCCUUUUGUAUUCUGUUGGGUUUUUGUUAUAGGUUUGAAGUUCUUGAGUCUCACAAAUUGUAAAAAACAAGUGAAAGGAAAAGUUUCUUUCUCUUAGGUGUUUGUAACUCUUUUAUAUAAAUUUCAAUCUAAUGAGUUUUAGUUUUA